CAAUUGACUUUGACCCGUGCGGCCCCGCGCUUGGAUGCCACGUUUUCCGGCCCAACGUGCCCAUGCCCAUGCCCAUGCUUCCCCCCCUGCGCGCGUGCCUCGUGUAGACCCCGCAGCAGCAGCAGCUUGCUUACUUGCUUACUUGCUUGCUUUCACUUGCCUGCGCCGCCGCUUGGUUUCAAAACUCACCACCGCUUGCGUCGUCUGCUUCCGUCGGCCCUAUCAACAGCAAGGGAAUAUCACUCCUUCUUUCUCCCGCUUGCUGCCAUUCCUGCGAUCUACGCAACCAACCUUGGAGUGGAUACAAUCGUCUCUUCGGUUUCCCCUUUCUUACAUCACUUUGCGACUGUCGCUCCGCCUGCCCAACUUUUAGCUUCUAACCGGAAACCCGGCCAUCUGCAACAAUCGCCUCUCCGCAGCCUGCCGUAUUUCUUUCAAUGCAAGCCGCAUCUCGGCCGAUCAGUCACUCAUGCUUAACCGCUGCUGCUGCUGCUGCUGCUGCUGCUGCUGCACCAAUUCCGAAACCGCGUCUUCUGUAACCUCCGAUACAAACCUCAUUUACUCCUUUCUGCAUUGUGCAUACCCCUAAAGAGACAAAGAGACAAAGACGAGACCCCAUGUGGACAUUUGAUCUUCUUUUGCACUGACUCUUGGUGAAAGCCCACAUGCG